AUGGCGGCCCUGAAUCACAGAAGCAACAGCCAAAUCGAAGUUGAGUUCGUAAAGUGCGAUUUUUGCGGGUUAACCGAGGAGUGCACGCCGGCUUACAUUGCUAGCGUGAGAGAAAAAUUCGAAGGGCGGUGGGUUUGCGGGCUUUGCUCGGAGGCCGUCAACGACGAGACGGUAAAAUCGGAGGAGGAUAUUACGACUCACGAAGCAAUGGAUCGGCACGCAAAAUUUUGCGAGCGGUUCAAAUCGUCGAGUCCGCGGGCGAAUCCUGCCGAGGAAUUGAUCUCCGUGAUGAUACAUUUACUUCGGAGGACCCUGGAAUCGCCGAGUAAGGAGAAUGGGUCAUCGCCUACGACGUCGUUUUCUCGAUCUAAAAAUUGUUUUUCGUCUCUGUCAAAUGAAGAAAUUAGGACUUAA